AUGGCAACACACCUGCGGCGCCACCCGAGGUCACCACCGAAACCACAAGUACAGUUCCCCUUUCACUCCCCAAGCAACCCCAGUAUAUCCCAGUUCCUUGCUUCCCACCCCAUUAUCCCAACAGUACACCCCCCCUCCGUCCCAGCUCAGCCCCAGUCCUUCCUCACCCCUGCAUCACCCCCAGCAUCACCCAAACACCCCCUAUUAACCUCCCUUGUCUCUCAGUGUUCAUAUUUCACCCUGCUCCUUGACCUCCCGCCAGCCCUCCCUGCCUUGUUGCCUCCUCUCUCCUCUCAUCCUUCCCUCUCCUCUCCACCCAUCCACUCCCCGCCUGUGUCGCGCCAAGUGGAGCGAGGGAGGAACAAGGUGGGGGCUGCCUCGCGGGGGCAUCUGAGGCAGGGUCGAGGGGGGUCACUGGAGACCUUGAGACAAGACACUACAGCCGCCUUGUCUCCCCCGCCAUCGUGUCCUAAACAUGUCCUCGGGCAGCUGUGGGCCUCGCUGAUGUGUGGCCUCGCUGGCACCUCUCCUGGUCUCGACGUCUCUUUCAGGGGGAGGAAGGUUGGGGUAGUGGAGGUGUGUCUUGGAGAGUUGUAA